AUGCCUGUGUUUUACUCACCUGUCCCAGAGAACCUGCAGAUGGGUCUGAGCUACAUGGGAGGCUCGGUGUUCACCAACAACAGGACAGCAGACAGCGACUACAGCAGAGAGCAAGAGGACGCCAACGUGGUCAAUGAGCUGGUUUCACACCUCCCACUGCAGAUGCUUCUCUACUUCAACAUAUUUUAUUUUCCUUGCUGGUGGUUUUCUGCAGUUUUCAUGUUGGAUGUAAAGUUCUAUUUUCUCCCCGGGUACUACCAGGCUCUGCUAAUCACUGGCAUGAUCCUCCUCACAGUCAUGGAAGUGGUCCGCCUUUAUCUGGGCUACAUUGGGAACCUGAAAGAAAAGGUGCCGGAGCUGGCAGCCUUCUGGCUCCUGUCUUUCAUGUUCCAGCUGCCUAUACUGCUCUUUUUCCUCACCGAUGAAGCAAUCAUCAUCCUACCACUGGAGAGAGCUGUUCACUCCCUCUACCUCCUUUUCCUGCUCACAGAGAUCCUGGCCUCCUUCCUGGCACUCAAGACCAUGACCCAAAAACUUACCCUGCUCUUCUACCUGCGCCAAUUUGGCAAGGUGGAGAGCUUUCGCCAUGCAGGGAUGAGCCCUGUCUAUGGGGUGCCAUACCACCGCAGUGUGCUGCCUGUGUCGCCAACAAAUGAUAUUUAUCAUUAA